CAGUCACAAAGAGUUCUUAGCAACCACUUUGGAGAGGAGUUGGGAGGCUAGAAAUUGACAGUUGGUUCUGUCAGGUGGAAAAAACAGUAUCAAGAGCUUCUUUUCUCAGAGGAUUUGUCAAAGGGAAAGCCUUAUGGGGAGAAGGAUAAUUUUCACAGGUCCAGAUGGUAUAAAAGAUUAUAAAGCAAAAUGUCCUGCUAAUACUACAUACACUGGAGAAAAACGUCCAGUUUUAGGAGCAACCAGUGACCUCAAUUACUUAUGGAGAGCUGCGCCAAAAAGGAGUUUUGCCCCAAUACAGAAGCAUUUCUAUGUUCAUGAAAUUGGUUGGGGAAUACCAGAGUUGAGUUGCAUCAACGAAUCAAGACUUACUACAGGUGUGAACAUCAAGCGAGGAGAAUUUCGUAAACGUGUGGAGGAGAUUAUUUCUCACCGGUACCAAAAUCCAUGGUAUCCUAAACCUCAAAUUCUAGAUCUGCAAGGACCAGGAAGUCGAGCUAAUCUUUCCUGGAAUAUUGGUGAUCAUGAGAAUAUCACCGAAAGAAAUUCCAAGUGGGCCACGGUCGUCAGGAACCUGAAGAAUGCUCCUGUGAGAUUUCCUGCCUGCCCAAAGCUACCCAAAGUGACGGAGAAGAGUAGUAGUGAGGUCCUGGAUGUCAGCUCAAGAUCUCAGAUGUCAUUUGACCAGGACAGUCUAGAGGAAAAACGCGUACCCCUUCCAGCCCUUGAGGCUGAUCCUCCUGGUGCAAACCAAGAUUGUACUAACUUUCCAUCUCACAAUGCUUACUCAUAAUUCUCCCCUCUCUGGCUUAAGAUCUUUCAUCAUAAAAUGUUAGGUCUAAUUUUUAGUUUUUUUUCAAUAAUUAAUAUCGAAUAGAAAGUUCUUCACUCAAGUAAUGAUUUUGAGCUUUAUAAACCCUGGGUUGAGUUCAGUUGUUUUGGAUUUUUCCUUAUCAUAGGCAGCUAGGUGACAUAGUAGAUAGAAAGGGACUCUAGAAACCCUGAGUUCAAAUUUGACUUCAGACACAUACUAGAUAUGUGAUUUUCUCCAUUUGUAUAUAGGAAUAGGAAUAGCAGCUGAUUCCCAGGUUUGUUAUGAGGAUAAACGGAGAUAAUAUUUCUAAGACCUUUAACCUUAAAGUCCAAUAUGAAUGUUAGCUAUGAUUAGUCUGUUUCAUAGAUCUACUUUUCUGUUUUUUAGUCAGAACCAAAAAGUCUUGUUUACUGAAAUAUAUGACUGAUAUAAUCUGAGGGAGGCUAGGUGGUGCAGUAGACAAAAUGCAAAACCUAGAGAUAGGAAGAAUCGUAUUCCUGAAUUCAAACCCAGCCUUAGACAUUUACUAGUUGUGUGGUCCUGGGCAAGUCCCUUAACACUAUUUGUC